AAUAGAAGAAAUUCAACAUAAAAAUUGUCUUUUUGCAAUACCCAGAAAAUUUGGUUCUUUUGCAUCAAUUCCUCUAAUGCAUUCAGACAUAUAAUAUAAAAAAAUUUCAACAAUGUAUAUUAACUGUAAAUAUGUACCUAUAUACAACAUAGAAAUUUUAUAAUCGUAGAAUUUGAGGAUGGACUUCAAAUUGUUUCCAAAAAUUGGAAAAAAUAUAAUGAUAUCUUUUAUCCUGAUGGUAUAACUAAUAAAAACAAAUACUACAAAUUAGUUUCAAAAAUGGUUUCUCCAGGCUACCAACCAGAAAAAUGUAAAUGGUCACUACACUCUGUCAUAAAAAUCUAUGGCUCUGAUGACGUAUUUGAAAAGGCUGUAAAAAAAUUACAAAUUGCAGAAAACUACAGUGAUGUAAAUACCGAUACUGAUGUAAUUAAUGCCAAAAGUCAACGUCGCAUGAGGGCAAAAAAAAAGUAUGAUUCUGAAUCAAGCUCUGAAUCUCCGACAAAACUUAAUUAUCCAGUAAAAGUGACAUCUUCAAAGCGUUUGAAGUAUCCAAAUCCUCCUGAACCUAUUGCAUCAUCAAGUACAUUUAAAAUGAAAACUCAAAUAACACCAACAUUGGACAAUCCUGCUACAUCAACUCAACGUAUGAUGACAAAAUCACCAGAUAUGUUUGGCGACCUAGAUUUAUUGAACCUCAGUAGUAUUUCUAAUUCAAGUGAACUCAACAAAAUUCCAGAUUUAACCAAAACCGAUGAGCAUUUAGAUGAUAGCUUACUUUCCAAAUUAAGCAUGGAAUUAAGUAAAAUCGAUUCACUAUUUCCAACACAAUCCAUACAGAAGAUUUCUAAUCAGCGUACCACUAUAAAAAGUUCUGAUAUAAUGGAUAGUGAAGGAAAUGAUAAUUUUGAAUUUGAUGAUGUAAUAAAGAAUAAUAAACCAUUUUCAUCAAAAAACAAAAGUAAAAAAAUGAUCAAAACUAGCAGUCAGUGUAAACAUGAUUUAUCUGUUCUUGAAGAUCUAGCCGAAGUGAAGGUAAAGGUUCAAAAACUGUUGUUGAAUCAAAAUACAAUACUAAACAAGUUGGACAAAUUACUAGCAAAUAAUGAUCGUUCAGUUAAUAACUGCCUGCAAAAUAUUACAUCAACACAAAUUAAUGAAUUUGAAAUACACUUCAAUGACAAUUUUCCACUAAAAGAAUUAACACAAUUUCAUCAUAUUAAUGACAUUUUAAACAAUAAAGCAUACUACAGUCUUAUGAAAAAGAAACUAUUAAUGUAUGGUGGAUCAAGCAUUAAUGAUGUUACACGCCACAUUCUUAUAAAACUUUUAACCAAUGAAAUAUCAAAACUUAUUACACUUACUGGUCAUAAAGGAAAAAAAACAUGUUUUGCCAGUACAAACUAUUUUAAAGUAUUACUAGAAGUUUUCCGAGUCUUUUAUGAAUGAGCCACUGAGAAUGAUGUCAAACCUGCUAUUCAAAGCUGGUUUAAACAUGCACCUGACCGUUUAACUACUACACAUCAUAAAAACAAUGGACCCACCAAUUCAAAUGAUCAAAAUACAUAAUUUAACUAGGUAUAAUAAGAAUUUAUUAUACCUAUUUUAAAUAGCCAUUGAUUUUUUUUUUUUAUAUAUAUAUUAUUUAUUCUUAUAAGAAAUAAACUGUUCAAAUUAGAUGUAAGUAUUUGAAGUGUAUUAUGUUUACAAAAUAUUAUAUUAAGUGUA